AUGGCUCCCGCUCUUGUUGCACCAGUUGCCGGCUCUGCGGCCAAGGAUGUGAAGAGGGAAUCAGGAACUGCAAGACUGCUAGGAUCCGGUCGAUACAACUGCAAAGCGUUUAAUGAGCAAUCAAACAAGAGGUAUGCCGCCGGCUAUAAGGUUCUGCAACGAAUCUACAAGUAUGGAGGACAGCCAUUCGUCCGUGAUUACUUGGCUAAGCACUACGGUACCGAAUUUGAUAAUGCAUUCGGAAAGGGGACCGGUAAGGCUAUAAUGCAUGCUACAGCUGGAAGUUUGAUCGGAAUUGGAGAGAUUGUCCUUCUCCCUCUCGAUGUUUUGAAGAUCAAACGACAAACCAACCCAGAAGCGUUCCGUGGCCGCGGCCUUUUUAAGAUUAUUUCCGACGAGGGAAUGGGUCUGUACCGUGGUGCUGGCUGGACCGCUGCUCGUAACGCGCCGGGCUCGUUUGCGCUUUUCGGUGGUUCUGCCUUUGCGAAAGAAUAUCUCUAUAAGCUCACGGACUAUAACCAAGCGACCUGGACUCAAAAUUUCGUUGCCUCUGUCGCCGGUGCCAGUGCGUCUUUGAUUGUUUCCGCACCGCUGGACGUCAUCAAGACUCGAAUUCAAAACCGCAAUUUCGAAAACCCCGAAUCCGGAUUCCGCAUCGUAAGCAGCAUGAUUCGCAACGAAGGCAUGACCAGCUUCUUCAAGGGAUUGACACCUAAGCUGCUGAUGACCGGCCCUAAAUCUUUUUUAAUGCUCGGGUUCCGCAUGUGUAUUUAUAGAAAUCUCCCUGCUUUGGGAUUGUUCGGUUUGUUUGUGGUGAUGGGGGAGUUAUCUCUAGGUUACGAAUCGGGAUCUGAAAAUCUAUUGUUCCGUCAACCCCCAAAAUCCCAAGUCUCGUCAACAUCAGAUGCAAGCUUGCGCUCCGGGAGCUGUUGUCCUAGCAUGCUAGCUAGCAACCAUGGCGCCAACGGUGGCUUAUCCGUAUCUGAUUUCCAAGUACGCUUUCCCCCCUUCCAAUCUGCCCCAUUUUCGAAGAUCUGUGCACAAUUCACACCCCCAACAGUCCAUAACUCCCCGGCAUCGUUUAACAUCUCAGAAUCUAGGUUCGGCGACCCUCUAUUCGCGCUCUUCAUUGGCACAUCAGCCGCCUAUAUCCGGAUCCGUCGUGAAUACCGCGAGCAGUACCCGGAUUUACCCAGUGACAUGGUUUCGAUUCUAAGCCUGGGAAAGGGCAGAAUGGUCAGGUGGUGGAACGGGUACCAGUGA